AAGCCCUUACAAGUUCUGAAACAGUAGCCUUUACCCUUCCCUAGGACCCUCUACCCUUUUCAAGAUUCCCUCUUCCUUUCACAAUCACCACAAUUUACUACUCCAUUUUCCCGCCAAAGAAAAAAACCUCUCUUUUCUCACCUUCCCCUAUAUUACAAUUUACUACAUUGUGAAUGUUAAGAAACACCAAGUAAAAAAAGAAAGAUUUAGUUCCAAAACUAUGAAGGACACAUCCAAAGUUAUCAUUGGAGCAACCUUAGUAAUGGUCGUUACCCUUGCUUUUGUCAUAGCACUCAUUCUUGUUCUUCUAGCUGAACUCUAUUGUUCUCUUUUACUUCAUCGCCACAAACUCAAAAACAAAAACACUCAAACCUUAACCAACACAAAAACUACCUUAACUAAUGUUUCUUCUCCUUCACAAUCACAUUCACCUCAAAACUCUCCUCCACCACCAGAAAACUUUACCAACAUUUACUCACAAGGUGUUCUCCAACCUCCAAGAAACUUUCUUUUUCCUUGCAUGGAAAAUAUUUCCAAAGAACAACAAAACAAGCUUCACCAAGUUAUCAACAUUCAAACACAUGAAUCAUUAAUUUCAUCGACAACACUAUCAAUGUCACCUUUUCUAUCUAGACUCCCACCGCAACCAAAAAACACAACCCAUCAAAGUAAUGUUGGUGAAGUUUCAUCAUGUCUUGAAGAAAAAAAGGAGCUUGUUUACAUUUCCAAUCCCAUUUAUGAAAACGAAGAAGAAAAAGAAAGUGGUGUAAAAGUAGAUACACCAUUUGAGACACCUAAUACUUCACCUUCACAUUUAGAAAAAAGCGAUUCUUCUUGUGAUGAUGACGAUGGUGGUGGCGAUGUUGUUGUUGCAUCUGAAGUUGAAGUCUAUACACCACCUUUGACUCCAAUGAAGAAGCUAGAUGCUGAGGCUUGUUCCGUUUCUCUUAGAGAUGUUAGGUCGUUAGGUACUAAUGGAAGUGAUUCUUUAAUUUCACGUAGUGUUAAUGGUUUAUCUUCUUCAUCUUCUGAUUCACCUUCUACUUCUUCGUGGUGAAUUUUGUUUCAUCCAUGGCUUCGUUAGAUUGAUGUAGAAGCUUUUGUUCUUGUUUAGUUUUGUUUGUUAUGUUUUAUGUGGUAGUUAGUUUGUGAAUAAUAUUAUUUGUUGUGGUUAGUGUA